AUGGCCGAUAUCAGUCAAGCAUCCAGCAAGUUCGGUGCCACAGUUGGUUUAACAGGUGCUCCUGUCUUUACUGAAGGCGAUAAUAUCAUUGAUUUGAUCAUUGAAGAUCACAACUACGCCAAAUCAUUAUAUGAAAAAUUCAAGGCUAGCAAUGAUUUGGAUGAGAAGGUGAAUUUACGUAACUCCUUGGUCAAGACUUUGGUUCAACAUGAUGAAUGUGAACAGCUAUUAGUAUAUCCUUUGUUGAGAGAAAAAGUCGGCGGCGUUGAAGGUGAACAGCAAUAUGAAAGAAGCUUGCAUGAACAUCAAGAGUUGCGUCACUUAGUGUAUGAUGUCAAGUAUACUGAUCUGAAGGCUAACCCUGAAGAAUUUGGUCAAAAAAUUGUAAAAGCCAUGGAUUAUCUCUUUCACCAUAUUGAACAAGAAGAAAAUGAGGUUUUACCUCUUUUGAGAAAGCACGUAUCUGAAGAAGAAUUGAAGAAAGUUGGUGCUUCCUUCAAAGCACAUAAGCCUACUGCUGCUACAAGACCUCAUCCUAGUGCACCUGCUCAAGGUUUCCCAGCUGCUUUAGCCAAUAUGUUGACAAAGCCUCUCGAUAAGGCCAAGGACAUGUGGGAAGGCGUUCAAUAA